GUGAGACGUAAUAAGCGAAACACGCUAAAAAUAUAAGGAAUGAAGUCACAAGCUGCUUUUUAGUAAAAAAAGCAAACACAAGAAGGCAGAAGCGAAAACGAAGUCGGGUGCGUGUUGGUUCUCGGUUCGAGUUUUGCGAAAUCCGUGCGUCGUGCGCUAAACUCGCUGUUGUUGCUGGUUCGUCGGUAGUUCUUGGCCAAGGAAAGCGGACUCCUUCUCGUCUAGUGCGGCCCCAAAACAAGGGUGAAGCGCCCUUAUUCUGCUAGAACAUUCGGAGCUGACCCGCGCGAAUCACAAAGAUGAGCAAAGACGGACCGCCACCGUACGGCUUCGUGCUGCCACAAUCAGCACCACCCAGCUAUGCCCAGGCCGUAGGAGGAGUUCCACCGUCCGCUCCCUUCACGCCACAGGCACCGGUACUGACCGGAGCGCAGAUUGUGACCACGGUGGUACCGAUAGGGCCCCAGUCGACGCAUAUGAUAUGCCCUAGCUGCCAUGCGGAGGUUAACACACAAACAACCACUUCUCCGGGAAUGAUUGCUUACGUUUCGGGAUUUUUGAUUGCGCUCGUUGGGUGCUGGCUCGGUUGCUGCCUAAUACCAUGCUGCAUUGACGAAUGUAUGGACGUGCACCAUACUUGUCCUCACUGUAAGGCCUACCUAGGACGACAUCGCCGAUAAAUAGCGAAUAGACUAAUGACCAGGCGGGGUACGCGUUGACGCGAUUGCAAACAGCAGCGAAGAGAGCCUACACGCCAUCUAGCAGUUCCAUGAUCCUUGCAUCGGUGCUUUUUUCCGCUGGAUGUCCCCGGAAACGCGUACCAUUGCGAGUGUGUGUCUGUGUGUGCUUAAUUCGAUUCCAACAUUCAUCUUAUCCGCUCCGUGUCGAAACUGUCCGUGUUCUCGUUUUUAGCCCUCUUCCCUUUUAGAAGUACCACUACGUGAUUUUACAUCCACAGCAUCUGCUACACGGCCAGCCGCAAUGGUUUGGCACCGUCCGCUGAAAGUCGAAAGAGUUACAGCCGCAGGGAUAGCCAGCGGGGAAUCGAAUCUCCUGCCACACCCUCAUGCUGUGGUAGUUACAGUUUAAAUGUACUAUUCACCAUUGGCUGCGGUGGCUAAUAGUAUCGAAACGAAGCAUCCAAAAGAGGAAGAUGACGUGGAAAGCUCUUUUUAUGUGUGCGUAACGAAAGUAACAUGUUAGAUUGUGUUAAAACUUGUAACAAUCCUACAGAAGGAACUCAUUCAUAGAGCGAAUGAUAAUAGCAUAACCGAUUAUCUCCCCUCCAGAGAUUCUGGCUGAUAUUUUAUACACAUUUUUAUGUAUCUCCGUAUCAUAUCGUUUUGGUUGUAGUUUAUAGAGAAGAAGGCCAUUUUUUCCAUUCUCAGUUUUUUUUUCGUGAUGUUUCCUUCCAUUGCUUAUGUUCUGAUUAAAGUGCGCUAAGAAGAAUCGUAUGUUCUUAGCCGCGUGUGGGUUUGCGUGGGACGGAAUGGGUGCCAUGGUACGGCAGAACGUUUGUCGUACACUUCCGGUUGCACUGCUGGUUAUUAAUGUUAAUGGUUCGAUGUACCGGAACAACAAGCAAACAGGAAAAACAAACAAAAACACACACAUUAAUUUGCCUAAUUACUGCUCCGAUUUGAAAACCCUCAAUCUAUGUAAUCUGUAUAACAUUAGAAAAUGGGCAUCUAAUAAACCAAAAUGAUAUUAACG